GAAAUUCCCCGGCGCGGGCAGGGAGCGGCUGGCGGUCAGCUGAGCGACGCUGGGCGGGGUCGCGAGGCCGCGCAUCAGCCCGAGGCUCCCCAAGCCCUGGUGCCCUAGCCACCGCAGCUGACGCCGCCGCCCCCCGGCAGGUUCCCUGGUCAACGUCCCAUCCUGGUCGGCAGCUCUCUCCAGGCGGCACGAUGCCAAGGAAGCAGUGACCCUGAGCGAAGCCAAGCCGGGCGGCAGGUGUGGCUUUGACACCUGGUGGUGCCACUUCCUGGUCUUGGAUGAGCUGUACGCCUCUGUAAACCCAGCUUCCUCACCUAUAAACAGCUGCCUGGUUCAGCGUUACUGAAGAUUAGUCAGUGACAGGCCUGAUGUGCCGAGUCCGCACAUAGAACUUCUGCAAUGUCCCAUCAACCUCUCAGCUGCCUCACUGAAAAUGGGGGCAGCCCCAGUGAAAGCACAGGAAAUGGACCCCCCCAUCUGGCCCACCCAAACCUGGACACGUUCACCCCGGAGGAGCUGCUGCAGCAGAUGAAAGAGCUCCUGACCGAGAACCACCAGCUGAAAGAAGCCAUGAAGCUAAAUAAUCAAGCCAUGAAAGGGCGAUUUGAGGAGCUUUCGGCCUGGACAGAGAAACAGAAGGAAGAACGCCAGUUUUUUGAGACACAGAGCAAAGAAGCCAAAGAGCGUCUCAUGGCCUUGAGUCACGAGAAUGAGAGAUUGAAGGAAGAGCUUGGAAAACUGAAAGGGAAAUCGGAAAGGUCAUCUGAGGACCCCACUGAUGACUCCAGGCUUCCCAGGGCAGAAGCGGAGCAGGAAAAGGACCAGCUCAGGACCCAGGUGGCGAGGCUACAAGCAGAGAAGGCAGACCUGUUGGGCAUUGUGUCUGAACUGCAGCUCAAACUGAACUCCAGCGGCUCCUCGGAAGACUCCUUUGUUGAAAUUAGGAUGGCUGAAGGAGAAGCAGAAGGGUCAGUAAAAGAAAUCAAGCAUAGUCCUGGGCCCACGAGAACAGUCUCCAUUGGCACGAGCAGAUCUGCAGAGGGGGCCAAGAAUUACUUGGAACAUGAGGAGUUAACUGUGAGCCAGCUCCUGCUGUGCCUAAGGGAAGGGAAUCAGAAGGUGGAGAGACUUGAAAUUGCACUCAAGGAGGCCAAAGAAAGAGUUUCAGAUUUUGAAAAGAAAGCAAGUAAUCGCUCUGAGAUUGAAACCCAGACAGAGGGGAGCACAGAGAAAGAGAACGAGGAAGAGAAAGGCCCAGAGACUGUUGGAAGCGAAGUGGAAGCAUUGAACCUUCAGGUGACAUCACUGUUUAAGGAGCUUCAAGAGGCUCAUACAAAACUCAGUGAAGCCGAGCUAAUGAAGAAGAGACUUCAAGAAAAGUGUCAGGCCCUUGAAAGGAAAAAUUCUGCAACUCCAUCAGAGUUGAAUGAAAAGCAAGAGCUUGUUUAUACUAACAAAAAGUUAGAGCUACAAGUGGAAAGCAUGCUCUCGGAAAUCAAAAUGGAACAGGCUAAAACGGAGGAUGAAAAGUCCAAAUUAGCCAUGCUACAAUUGACACACAACAAGCUUCUUCAAGAACAUAAUCAUGCAUUGAAAACGAUUGAGGAGCUAACAAGAAAAGAGUCAGAAAAAGUGGACAGGGCAGUGCUAAAGGAACUGAGUGAAAAACUGGAACUGGCAGAGAAGGCUCUGGCUUCCAAACAGCUGCAAAUGGAUGAGAUGAAGCAAACUAUUGCCAAGCAGGAGGAGGACCUGGAAACCAUGACCGUCCUCAGGGCUCAGAUGGAAGUUUACUGUUCUGAUUUUCAUGCUGAAAGAGCAGCGAGAGAGAAGAUUCAUGAGGAAAAGGAGCAACUGGCAUUGCAGCUGGCAGUUUUGCUGAAAGAGAAUGAUGCUUUCGAAGAUGGAGGCAGGCAGUCCUUGAUGGAGAUGCAGAGUCGUCAUGGGGCGAGAACAAGUGACCCCGACCAGCAGGCUUACCUUGUUCAAAGAGGAGCUGAGGACAGGGACUGGCAGCAACAGCGGAAUAUUCCGAUUCAUUCCUGCCCCAAGUGUGGAGAGGUUCUGCCCGACAUAGACACGCUACAGAUUCACGUGAUGGACUGCAUCAUUUAGGUGUUGAUGUGUCACCUCCCCAAAACUGUUGGUAAACGUCAGAUUUUUUCCUCCAA